AAAAUUCCCCAGGGGGGGGGCUCGUAGGAUUCCCAGACUUUUCGGCGCGCGGCGCGAUUUACGGCCGAUUCGCGCUCCGUUAUUCGAUUGCGUCGCGGUCGCCGGAAACAUGUAAGGCGAGACGAGGGGACCAGACGUUGGAGCCGAACUUUCGUCCGCAGUCUUUACGAGCACGGCGCGCCGCGAGGAAGGACGCGGGUAACGCGCGGGGUGUCGAUCCGCUCCGGCCGCGCGCUCCGAGAUCGCUCGGAUCCUCGCCGCGUUCCGCCUCCCUUCUCGCUCCUUCUCGUUCGCGCGCGAUCUACGGUCGGAUCGCACGGCCCGACGUUCGCGUAUCGCGUUCGCGGAAAAAACCAUGCAAAACAUGGACGGUCGUCGGCGGCGCAUGUAAGAAUGCGGGGCUGAGAAGGUAACAACGGGCCAACGCAAUCUCUCCGCUCCUUCGCGCCUUUACGAGGAGAUUCGACUUCGAGGAUUCGACGGUCGAGUUGACGGGGGAAAAAGAGAGAAAGAAGGAGAAUCUACACGGGAUCGCCGCAACGUACGCUCGUCAUGUCAAUGAGUUACCUGCUUGUGUCUUUGCUGAUCGUCGCGUGGCAAAGCGGCGCGGAAGCCAACUGGUGGUACUUGGGGCUGGAGCCGAGGCUGACAUCCGGCCCGAUCCAAGGGAGCGGCGUGGAGCAGCAGACGCAGAUCGCCGGCGCGGGUGUGAUCGGCCCGGCGAGCGCCGAAAAGAACUGUAAGAACGCGCACCUGACCGCCAAGCAGCAGGCAAUAUGCUCCCGCUCGCCACCCGUCCUGCAGGCAGUCAGGGCGGGCGCUAGGCUCGCCAUAGAGGAGUGCCAGCACCAGUUUAGAUCAGCGAGAUGGAACUGUUCCGUCAGCCCGGAAAAUCCCGAGAACGUGUUUGGCGGCGUCACGUUAGUCAACAGCCGAGAGGCCGCGUUCAUAUACGCCGUAUCAGCGGCCGGGGUCGCUUACAGUGUCACGAGAGCCUGUUCCAGAGGCGAGCUCACCGAUUGCUCCUGCGACAAUCGCGUGAGAACGCGACGUCCGAACAAUUGGCAGUGGGGAGGAUGCAGCGAGGAUAUACACUUCGGGGAAAAGUUUUCGCGGGAAUGGUCCGAGGGUGGCGAGGAACCAGUGAAGGAGGGUGCUCUGUACGGGCCCAAAGGGUUGGCUGGCCAGCUGAUGAGGAAACAUGAUAGCGAGGCCGGCAGACGCGCCAUUCGCUCCAGAAUGCAGCGCGUUUGCAAAUGUCACGGCAUGUCUGGCUCCUGCAGCGUGCGCGUGUGCUGGAGAAGACUGCCGUCGUUCCGGGUGGCAGGAGUCGCCCUGGCGGCUUUGCACGAGGGUGCCGCUCUGGUGCGACUGGCGCAACGCGGCGGUAAAAAACCGGCCAGGCUCAGACCGGCGCGUCCCGAUCUUAAACGGCCGAACAAGACGGAUCUGGUUUAUCUCGAGGACAGCCCCGACUACUGCGAAAGGAAUCUCACGCUCGGUAUUCCCGGCACGCGAGGAAGAGUCUGCAAUCGGACGUCGCUCGGUCUCGACGGAUGCCGGCUGCUGUGCUGCGGCCGGGGCUACCAGACGCGAGUGCGGGACGUCACCGAGAAAUGCAAGUGCCGAUUCGUCUGGUGCUGCCACGUCAAGUGCGAGAUGUGCCGGCACACGCGGGAGGAGCACGUGUGCAACUAGGCGGCAGAUGCAUUCCGGGGCCCGGUCUGUCUAUGGGAACGCGCUCGCGUCGUUCUUUAUACGUUUGGAAUAAUUAUUCGUUGCCACGUCGCGUUGUAUAUCCGCAAUUAACGCCGCGAGAGGCUACGCAUCACGUCGAUGCGGUUUCCGCCUGACGGUCGAAUAAAUCGUAGACUACUCCGAUUCGCACGUGAGAAUGCAAUGUGAGAGCGCGUUCGCUUGUGCGCUCGAAGCUCUGUUGCUUCUGAACAGAAAGCACAGAAAAUAUCGCGAAAAAUCUAUACAUUCGAAUGAUAAAUGAAUUAUAUGUAUAUUAUAAUUCGACGUAUGCAUUUAUUUUAAAACACACGAUUUCGCGUGUACCUUCCGCUAAGAGCGCCCGCUUCACCUCCGCUUCGUAUGACUCGUUGACUUAAAUAUUUUAAUCGUCUACGAUGUUUUUUUUUCAUCCAGAGGCUCGAGCGAAAUUGCCCGCGGCAAUCAAGAUUCUCGGUAUUACUAUUAUAACGUCAACGUAAUGAUACGUCCGCGAGGUUGCUGUUGCGUGGCUUAUCAUCACCGGUCUGACUGUCAGGUGCCACAUUACUUACGCGAACGUUAAUGCAUCGAAAGUGUGAAUGUGCUACUUUAAUUAACAUUUAAUCGUUUAAUUUUAUCUCGACCCGGACGUACCGCGGAGGAGAGGCUUAUAUUCCAGAGACAUUGACGCAUGCACAUGCAUGUCCGCUUUACGUCAUUGGACUCGCGCGAUCUGACGAUUCGCGUUCUCAAGUAACAAUGCGAGCACGGUACGCCAUCAAGUUUCCCUCAUCUCUUUCCCGACUCUAUUAUAUACAUAUUAUACAUACGUAUAUACAUAUAUAUAUUUAUUUAUUUGAUAUAGCUAUAUAUGUAUAUCUCAUAUAAUUAGUACGCGCAUUCUUUUAUAGCGAGAAUCGAGUGAUAGAAGAUUUCUUCGGUACUUUAUCUAGAUUUCUCCUCGUGACAUAUUUACGCAUCUCGCGAGGCUCGACGUCGCGCCCUGAUGUGCCAAUUUACUAUUUCUGCGUGCGACAGGAAGAGAAAGAGAAAGAGAGAGAGAGAGAGAGAGAGAGAGAAUGAAAGAGCGAAAGAGAGAAAAAAAAGAGAGCAAGUGGGAGUAUGCAAAGGAGAGCAAAAACGGGGUAAUAUACCACGCGCGUCGAUUACUUUUUUCCCCUCCCCCUGCUCUCUCGCAUAUAAUACGCGUAUAAUACGCGUGCAACCUAUUUAUAUCGAAGUAAAGACCUCCGCACGGUGUCUCGUAGGUAUCUCACACUGUAUAUCGAUGCUCUCUAGUGCAUAGAACCUUUGUUUUUUCAUCCAAUUAAAGAGCAACGUAGCGACGGGCGCGAGAACGAGCGAUGCGAGUGACGAGGCGGUCCACGAAAUCCGCCACGAGAUCUCCCGCGCCCUUAACUCGCACGAAUCGGGAACAAUACUGCCAAUGAAUGUAAAUAUCUCACUGUUUUUCUAGACCUACGUCCGUAAUCAUCGUUGUAUAUACAUGAGCGUUUCGUCGGCUUCGUUUAGGAAAAUCUCUUGCGUUGCGUUUCUUCACAGUCUACACACGAAAUACUCUUAUCCCAUCCGUGAUUUUAUCUCUCACUAUUUUAUAUAUUUAAUAUGAUAAACACGAUAUAUGUAUAUGACCGCAUUAUCGCAUGCCGCGCCAGUUAAGUCGGCAGUCUAGUCAUUUACGAAUUUUCUGAUUCCCACAUCAGCAGGCACUAUGCUCACAACGAAUUACACGCGAGACUCUGCAUUUUCUUCGGCCGAAAUCGUAGUAGCAUAACGCAUCGCGCAAUUAUUAUUUUAUAGUUCUAGAUAUUAGAUAUUAUACGAUGUCUUAUAAAGACGAAUCUGUAAUUUCUCAAAUAAUCUGCUGGAUUAAUUUAUUCGAGCUAUUAGAAAGCGUUAUUUAAAUACAUUACAUAGUACUAUCACAUAUGCACGCAUACAUAUGCAUGAGUAUAUCAUGGUACUAUGUAGCUGUGGGAUGCGUCUGGGGUAUACUAUAAAAUUUCUGCGAUUAGUGAAAUUGCUCUCAUUUGAUGAAUUCUACAAGAUGUUUCGCGAAUAUAAUAUAUGGGCAUGUAAACCAUUUACAUUAUUUCGUGAGGCUGCACAUCUAUUAUCUCUCUUAUUUGUUUAGGAUACGGCCUUAAGCAACGCAUAGUAGGUAUCGCGAUUCGUCCGUAUAUUGUAAGAACCUAGCGGUAAACACGAGGGAAUACGCUCGUGCCAACGACAUACAGAGUUCAGUAUUGACAAACUGUAAUUUAUUUUCUUCACGAUAAUACAUCACACUUCAUUAGACUCGUAGUCUCUUCAGUCAAAUUAUGAGAAGGUGUUCUCGUAAUAAUAAUAGUAAUAGCAAAAUUGUCUCUUCGCUAACUAUGAGAUAAAUCCUAGUUCGUAAAACCUUUGUAUUCGUAUGUACCUGUAUUCUACGUGCAUUUAUAUAAAUAUACAUAUACGGAAAUGUC